CAAACCAUGACCCUCAACUAUUCAAUAGUUUCAGUGGAGACCUUUGUUUCCCCUUCUUAUCAUGACGGAGAAAAGUGUAACUGUCCACUUUUCUCCCCGGUUGGCUGAAGAUCUCUUGGAGUGGGACCUGUCGUCCUCCCCUAGUCCCCUCCCACCAAUGAUCCAAUCAUUCUAGUGCAACUCAUCCUAUCGUGGAUUGGCACGAUCCAGUCAACCUGGUCCUCGGUUGAAGGGCAGGGCGAGAAGGGUGGUCUGGAAGCUAGCUUCCUCUCUCCUUACUGCGUCAUCCGCACCACGUAGGUGUGGACUGGACGCACAUUCCCCAAACGAACGGGUUCGCAUCGGGGUUGCGCCAAAUCCACGCUCAAGAAUGGGAUUGCUGCUUCUGCCGAGAACUCUUAUUAGAACUUUUUAGCUCUCAAAAUUCUACCGACUAGUCGCUCUUCUGUUUUUGUCCUCCUGUGAUUAUUCCCGACCCCGUUCUCAUCAUCCUGGUGCAACGUGCCGCCUCGUUCCACUUCACUGGUCCUUAUUUUUGCUUUAUCCUUUGACCCUGCAGUUUGACUUUUAUUGACCUUUGACGGUCCUGCUUGGUUGAGCCUUGUCGGCAUUUCACUCUCGCCUCAGUUUGGACUCAUUAAUUCCAACUCAACCAACAUGGGGACGUUCGGGUCGCAGACCAGCGUGUACAAUCGGCUGGUCUCCGUCUUCGUGGCCAUUGGGUCCUUGACCUAUGGCUAUUGCGCCUCCAUCAUUUCUAGCACCAUCGGUCAGCCCGGCUGGUAUACCUACUUCAACCUACCCACCGAGAAAGAGCCUGGGUAUGCCACCGUCACCACUCCGGUUAUCGCCACGGCCAAUGGUGUCUUCAGUGCCGGAGGGGCCGUAGGGUCCCUAUUCAUCAUGUGGUCAUGUGAAUUCUUUGGUCGCAAGGUCAAUAUUCAGUUGGGGGCCUUCUUUUCCAUGUUUGGAGGUGCCCUCCAAGGUGGUGCAAACUCCAUCGAAAUGUUCCAAGCUGGUCGUUUUAUCUGCGGUCUCGGAAUCGGUAUCCUCGUGACCGUGUGUCCCAUGUACCUCUCGGAGAUGUCGAGUGCCUUCCGCCGAGGCUGGCUCGUCGGCCACCACGCCAUCUUCCUCGUCUUCGGCUACAUGCUGGCAGGCUGGGUUGGCUUCGCUUGCUACUACGCCGAGGGAAAGCUGGGCACAUUUGGGUGGAGGUUUCCGCUGUGUCUUCAGUGUCUGCCGGCCCUGGUCCUCCUGCUGGGAUCCCCAUGGCUGCCUCGAUCCCCGCGAUGGCUCAUCUCCAAGGGCAAAUUCGAGGAGGCCAAGGUGGUGCUGGAGAAACUCCGCGCAUCGCCGGAUGACCCCCAGCACCUCGUCGCGAAGGAGGAACUCUACCAAACAAAAGAACAGAUCCGUCUCGAAGCGGAGCGACUGGCUACGUAUGGCAACGUGUGGAAAGCGGUGCUGCAGAAGCCGUCCUACAGGAAGCGUAUGGCCAUCGGCUUUCUCACCCAGUGGGGUGCGGAAUUUGGCGGUCCUCUCAUCAUCAACAACUAUGCCGUGAUUCUGUACACGAAUCUGGGAGAGACUGGAUCAAUGCCCCUGCUUCUUGCUGCCGUCUGGCUAACCACAGCUGGUGUCAUUUACAACCCUCUGGGUGCUUGGCUGCAUGACAAGGUGAACUCGCGUCGCGGCAUGUACAUCACCGGUUUUGUGGGGAUUAUCAUCAGCACGAGCUGUCUAGCUGCGAUGACGGCCGAGUAUGCCGGCACCACAAACAAGGUCGGAAACGGCUUUGGGAUUUUCUUCAUGUUUCUAUAUCUGGCUUUCCAGGGAACCUGCUGCGACACCACGAUGUACCUCUACGUGUCGGAAAUCUUCCCAACCGAGAUCCGACCUAUUGGCAUGGGAUUUUCGCUUUUCGGACAGUUUGCCGCGACCCUCAUCCUGCUCCAAACUGCCCCGAUGGGUUUCGCCGACGCUGGCUGGAAGUACUAUUUGGUUAUCAUCUGCUGGUCGGCUGUCUUCAUUCCCAUUAUCUAUUUCUUCUUCCCCGAAACUGCCCGCCUCACGCUGGAGGAGAUCGCCAAGAACUUCGGCGAAGAAGUCGCCGUAAACCUCACCGAGGCAACAGACGAAGAGAAGGCCCAACUCGAGCGGGACAUUGUCGCGCGCUCGGACAGCUUGGUGGCAGGCGACGACACCCGCAAGGAGAUGGAAGCUACCAGCACCACGCCCGAUUCGGACCGGAGAGAAUCAAGGUAGAAAAAGAGUCCAGGCGGGACUCGAAGCCUCACCGACGAAACGUUGAAACUUCAUAGUCCGGUGGGAAAUUAAAAAAAAGUCGGCUCUGCGCAGAGCACGCAGAGCACGAGCAAUGGAUGGUCAGACCAAUCCGAUUCAAUACAUUAAGGUUAAUUCUGCGGGCAUAAAAACAGCCCCCCUUUCUAU